AUUUGCAAUUUCCGUCUCAAUUAAAAUUCGUUGGCAAUUUCCGUCUCAACUGAAAUUCGUCACGGUUAUAAUCUCAAAAUUUGUAGAAAAGGAGGUUAUUGAGGUGAAUACCUCGGAGAGAUCUCAGCCGUCUGUUUCAUCCAUCUAGUAUCUCCCUCACCUCCUCGCCGGCCGCCGCUACGCUCCCUUCCCCAUAAGGAAGGAUUCUCAAUGGCGGGCAGAACAUUAACAUCUCGGACUCGGGCCUUUUUGCGGGCGUCUAACCCUACUCCCUCUCUCCCUCUGACCUUUCGUAAGCGUAUCUCAACAUUCCAUGCCUCACCACCAUUUCCAUCGGUAUCCUUAUUGCCAGCAUCAGCACGCAGCAUAAGCUCUUCUUUUCCAAGCAGAGGGCAUUCUGGAGCAGUGCUUCCGAUAACAUUCCAUUCUAUUUACAGACAAGGCAGAUUAUUUUCCGCGCAAGUAACCGCCGAGCUCAGCAUACAAACCAGAUUAUCCAACCCAAAAGCAAUCACCGAGAUCAGUACCGAGGACCCAAAAGACUUGCUACAAAUUUUCUGCAACGUGAGGACCAAAGAAGGCAUCCGCAGCAAUGCCCUCAAGAUGCUCGACGCUUUGUCCAAAGAUGGACUCACCCAUGAGGCCUCGGAAAUCUCCGCUCAGAUCAAGGACAAUGGUCCCAUGCCUGGCGUGGUGGCACACACCGCCGUCAUCGAGGCUUAUGUCAAUGCCAGCCAGCCCAAGGAGGCCCUCAGGGUGUAUAUGCGGAUGCUUGCCGCAGGGAUUGCCCCCAAUGCCUACACUUACACGGUUCUUAUUAAGGGGCUCGCUACGGAUGCUAAACACACUGGGGACGCCAAGAAGUAUGUGAUGGAAAUGUUGGGAAAAGGGAUGAAACCCAAUGCGGCGACCUACACGGCCGUGUUUGAGGCCUUGUCCAAGGAGAAGCAGCUGAACGAGGCCAGGGAAUUUCUGGAGCAGAUGAAGAGUGAGGGAUUUUUGCCCGAUGAGAAGGCUGUGAGAGAGGUCCUUAACAACAAGCUAGGACGAUCAUCUAUAUGGAAGCCCGCUUUUGUUGAUGCAUUUCUGUUGAAAAAUAAGAAGAAGAAAGAUCUUCUUAUGAACAGGAAAGUUUGGUCCCGUAGAUCUUCUAUUUUGCCGGAAUUCGUUGGUUGCUCCUUCCGAAUUUACAAUGGAAAAAAUCAUAUUCGUUGUAAGAUCACUGAAGAAAAGGUUGGUCAUAAAUUUGGAGAGUUUGCUUUGACACGGAAACGAAGAGUGAGAACAGCUACUACUGUACAGGGGAAAAAGAAGGGGAAAAAGUAAAUUCAGCGCAUUGAUAUGAUCCUAAUUUUAAGUGUUUAUUUAUUUAUCAUCAAUUAUCAUGCUUUCCUACUUUUGCACUAGUCGUGCCGAGUCUGAUUUUGUAGUGUCGAAAACUAAGGAGAUUGUUAAGCUCCCAUUUCCUAUUUCCUGCGUCUUGUGAAAAGCUUGUAGAUGCCGUAUGGCUCAUCAAGUAAUGAAUGAAAAUUUACCUUUCAUCUAA